AUGUCGGCCGCCAAGAGCAGCCCCGACACCCAUCCCUUCGGGGUGAUCAGUCCCGGGGCCACGCCGCAGGGCAUGGCCCUGCUGGGGGAGAUCGGGCAAUAUACGCCCUCGGUCUCCAAAUCGUGUAGCCGGUGCCGCGCCCGGAAAGUUAAGUGCGACCUGGUUGUGCCUCGCUGCUCGGCGUGCAAGAAACAGGGCGAGCCCUGUAAUAUCACGGACUAUGUCACCUAUUCCUAUGCCCUCGUGGAGCGCCUGCAUUCGAGAAUCCAGGAACUGGAAUCCAAGCUCGAUUCCCAGGCCAGCAAUAAUAAUAUGUCAGACCAGGUGCACAAUGCACCGGUCCGUCUGGAUCCUACGGUGUACCCCAGACAAUCGGAUGUGCCUGAGAAGCUCCCCUGGUCGGCCGAUGUGAGCAAAGAGGCGGAAGAAGUGGGUGUACUGGCCAUUGGCUUUGAGGAUCGAUAUUCCCAGAAUAAGUAUUUGGGCGCGGCCGCUGGAUCGUCCUUUGCCCGCAUCUUCUUCAAGCAAGUGGGCUUGGAUCCCACGUCUGAAUCAGACCACGGCAACUUGGAGACGCAAGAUGAUCCGCCAGACAAUCCAGCAUCAAUUCCCUCACGGGCCAUCGCUUCGUAUCUACUCUCUGUCUAUAUUGCACGGGUCCAUCUCUGGUGGCCGUUCAUGCAUCUGGCAUAUAUUCGAUCGUGCUUUCGACGCAUAUACCAACUUCCGCGGGAGUGCAGCAGCUUUGAGAAGUUUAUUGUUUUCAUCGUCCUUGCAUUGGGAUCUGAUGAAGCGGGUGACAAUAAGGAAUAUGCCAAGAUGCUGGACUUCAAUAGUUCACGAGAGUACUUCCAGACGGCUCUCCAUUUCUUCACACGGUUCCGUGAACAUCCUCGCGACCUCCCCGGUCUGCAGGCUGUUAUCCUUCUCACUAUCCGAAUGAUCAAUUCGCCUUCCUGCAACCACAGCAAUGAUCUGUGGCAUCUCACUCGAUACUGCAUGUCCAUUGCCCUUGAAUUAGGGGUUCAUCGGCACAAUCCAUCGUGGAACUUCAGUCCAGAAGAACUCGAAAUCAGAACUCGCACUUGGUGGACCGUGUACAGCUUGGAGAGGCCGAGUUCUCUCAGUACGCGAUCAUUGCAUCGACACGCCACUUCCAACCACCAGCCCCAUCGACCAGCUCACGCCCCAUGA